AAGGGCAAGGAGAGUUAAGAACAAGGCGUGCUUUGCGCUUGAGAGAGUUUAGUGAGAGAAAAUCGUAACUCCUUGGAGAGAAAGAGACAGAAAGGGGGGAAAAAAAAUAGAAGAGGGAAAGAAAAGAAGUUGAGUUUGGUAGGGAUUGUUAAUGGCGAUUUGGACUAAGGAGACAGAUAAGUUAGAGUUUUAAGAAAAUCUGGCUUUUGGCUUUGUUUGAUAACAGCUUGAAGAGAUCGUUAUUUUUCGGGCUCUUCUGUGUUUGUCUACGCUGGGUCUUUGAAUAUCUCGUCGUUUGUUGAAUUAUUUGUUGGCUAAUCCGCUUAAAGGCGAGAGUAAGAGAGGAAGUACCUCUAUUUUUAGCACUCAGUCUGGUUCUGUUUUUAUCCUGGUGUUGAAAUUGAAGGAAAAGAAGAGAAGAAAUAGUUAUGGAGUGGAGUGCGUCUUUGGAUGAGUACGAAAAGCUUGUGUAUAGGAUGACCACUCCCAGGGUCGUGAUCGACAAUGCCGUUUGCCCCACUGCGACUCUUGUCAAGGUUGACAGUGCCAGGAAACAUGGGAUAUUGCUUGAGGCUGUUCAGGUUCUCACAGAUCUGAACCUUUCGAUUAAAAAAGCUUACAUCUCUUCCGAUGGAAGGUGGUUCAUGGAUGUUUUCCAUGUGACUGAUCUGAACGGAAAUAAAUUGACAGAUGAAAGCGUUAUUAACUAUAUUGAGCAGUCACUUGGAACAAUUCAUUACGGUAGAACCCAUGAUUUUAACGGUUUGACAGCGUUAGAACUAACUGGUACCGACAGAGUUGGCCUUCUAUCAGAGGUCUUUGCAGUGUUAGCUGACCUGCAAUGUGAUGUGGUAAAGGCUAAAGUCUGGACUCAUAAUGGACGAAUUGCUUCACUAAUUCAUGUAAAAGAUUGCAAUUCAGGGUCCCCAAUUGAGGACUCACAACAAAUUGAUAGAAUUGAGGCUCGUUUGAGGAAUGUUCUUAAAGGGCAUAAUGACAUUAGAAGUGCAAAAACAUCUGUAUCUAUGGCAGUCACACAUACUGAGAGAAGAUUGCAUCAAAUGAUGUUUUCUGAUAGGGACUACGAGAGAAAGCCUAUUUUGAGGCUUAGUGCUGAUUCUCCUUUAGUGACUGUGCAGAAUUGGCUAGAGAAAGGCUAUUCGGUUGUUAAUGUUCAGUGUAAGGAUCGAAUGAAACUUUUGUUCGAUGUUGUUUGCACCUUGACAGACAUGGAUUAUGUUGUAUUUCAUGCCACAAUCAACACUGCUGGGGACAGAGCUUAUCUGGAAUUCUACAUCAAACACACAGACGGAACCCCAAUUAGUUCAGAGCCUGAAAGGCAGCGAGUGAUCUUAUGCUUACAAGCUGCAGUUGAGAGAAGAGCCUCUGAGGGUGUAAUGCUAGAAUUAUGUACUCCUGAUAGGCAAUGCCUUUUAGCAGAUGUGACUAGAACGUUUAGGGAGAAUGGUCUCAAUGUCACAAGAGCUGAGAUAUCCACCACGAGUGAAAUGGCUGCAAAUGUAUUUUAUGUAACGGAUGCAGUUGGUAAUCCUGCAGAUCCCAAGUUAAUCGAUUCUGUGAGGCAAAAAAUUGGAUUGAGUUAUUUGAAAGUGAAGGAAUUGCCACCAUUGUUAUAUCAUGAAGAGGCUGAAAGGGAAGAGCAAGGGGUAGGAGUUGCCGGGGCGGUGUUAUUAUCACUUGGAAGCCUAUUUAGGAAGAACCUGUACAAUUUGGGAUUAAUUAGAUCAUAUUCUUAAAGUGAAACACAAAAAGGCAAAUUGGUUUAAGAAAUGAAAAAGAAGAUUUGUUGAUGACAUCUCUUUUGAGGUGGGCAUAUUCUUUGCUUGAGGUUUGAGCAUGUGGUGUACAUAUGGCAAAAGGUGAAGGAUUGUGGUAUUAGUAGUAGCAGUAGUAGUUGGGUUUGGUUGGCCGAAUAGAGGUAGAGACACAUUGUAGGGCUGCUCCACCAUAUCGUCUAUAUAUAUAUAUAUAUGUAUUGAAAGUUGAUGCUUAGUUUGAAGGGAAGAUCUUAAAUGGAGGAAAGGAGAAGGAAAAUUAGGUAGAAAUUUGAAAACAAUUUCUUGAUUUACAGCGCAGCUCACAGUUGUACAUAACGACCUCUUAAUAUAGUAGUUUUAAUGGUUGACUUGUUAUUCUUUUUAUAUCA